AUGACGUCGGCCGUCAACCCAGUCUACCCAAUGUCGUCGGCGCGCGUGCCACCGGAUGCAGUCACGGGUAGCCGCGAUGGCAACUACUCGUCCUUCCCGGUGGUCAAGAUCGACGAACUCCUCGGUGUCCUUUCCGAGAUGGGUCUCUCCAUCUCUCCCGAAGACCUGCAAAAGCCACAGGGUCACGUCGCCCACCGAGUCUUUGUCGCUUUUCUCGAAUGCCUCUCAGGCACGACCACAGAGAUGAUGGAUGGGAGGCGUCACGAAGCGCUCGCAUCCGCCGAGUACCGCGAGCUGUACGAAGACGGUCUCCAGAUGCUCAUGUUCUUCCGCGAGGUCAAGGACAUGAUGAACGCAGCCACGCUCUACGAUUUCACGCUGCAGGAUCUCACACGGCCCAACCCCAAGCGUUUCCGUCGUCAGAUGUCCGCCUUGGUCAACUUCUACCGCUUCCGGUCCGACCGUAUCGUCGAAUUCGAGGAACUCGUUACGGGCUCCGAAGACCUUGAAAACAAGCGCAACGAGCUCGAAGACGACAUUGACCGUCAGCGAAGCGAGUUGGCGCGUUUCAAAGCAGAGCGAGAACUCGACGAGCCCAAAGUCAAAGAGCUGCAGCGCAUCAAUGCCGAGAUCACCGACGACCUCUUGGCAGCGAGGAACCAGCAGAAGGAGACCAUGGAAGAGCUCGAGGAGCUCAAAAAGCGCAAAGACUCGUUGGCCGUCAAACACGCCGAACUGGCGCAGGAAAAGUUCCAGAUCUAUGAAAAGAUCACCUACCUCGAAGCGCGUGUCGUGUCUAGCCCGAGCAAGAUGAAGAACAGCGUCCGCGAGCUGUCCGAGCAACUCGACAAAGACACUGUAUCUCUGCAAGAGACCCUCAAGAAGGUCGAAGAGUUCAAGCGAAACCUCGAAACGCUCGAAACGCUCAGCAACGACCUCGAGAGCUGCAUGAACGCAAUGCACGAAGUCAACCUCGAGAUCGUCAAGGGCAAAGAAGAGGUGCAGAACCAAGCCGACCUGCAAGCUCUGUCGCAGGGGAUCAACAACCAGCUUGCGUCGCUCAAGCACUCGCUCGAAAUGACCCAGUACGAGAUGAAGAGGCUGGAAGACAAACAGAACCGCAACCGCAAAACGCUCAUGGACAUCACCGAGAAGCACACCAAGAAGAUGGAGAAUUUGCAGAGCGAGUUCGAGACGGCCAAGCAGGAGAGGAACAGGAAGAACCAGUUGGCCGAGGUCAAGAACGUGGAAUCCGAGAAGAUCGAGGCCAAGAUGGCCGAGCUCGAAGAGGCGUACGAGGGGUAUCAGAAGAAGAUGAUUCGUCAGAAGGAUGCUAUCGAGACCGCCGUCAGGCUUUAUAUCAGCACGCUGACCAACUCGUUGCAGCUCGAACGCUUUUCGACAUGA